CAGGUGUUCUUUGCCAGGAGCGCACAUUUCUCAUAAAGGGCGCCAUGGAGGAAGUUUGUUUAGUCUCUGUGGGCAAACUGCAUGCUGACUUUUGGGUUGACUGAUUUAUUCACCAUGGAUCUGAAUGGUACACUGAGUACCUAUCAGAUUGAUGUUCUCUCGACAGUGUAUUUGCUCUCACUAACUCCCAGUGUGAUUGGCAGCUUUUCUGUCCUGGUGGUUUCCACGGUGAGAUGGAGGUAUCUGAAACAACAGGUGCACCUCUUGGUCCAGCUCGCCUUGGCGGACCUUUUGGCUGCUCUCAUCCUGAUGUUUACCAGCGCCAUGAAUAAAGUCAGCAACGACAACAGCGUCACCAUCUGUCAGUACAGCUUGCCUCUGUCACUGACAUUUUAUUUCAUCUCAUUUCUGCUGGUGGUGGUCUAUGCGUGGAAGUCCAAGAACGCGAUCCAAGGGUGGAGAGCAACAGCAGCUGAGGACGAGUUACAACAGAGUCCUUGCAGAAGCAAACUAGUCGGGAUACCUGUGUACUUGAUAGUAUGGUUGAUCCCGACUGCGGUUUACUUGGCAUAUGUCCUCACGCCUUUCAUCAAAGCCACUUUACUGAUACCAGACCCUGACGCCUCACUCAGCAUCACCAUACAGAAUGAUGCCAAAUACUGCACCAGUUGUAUUUUGUUCUUGCACGUCUGGAUGGAUUCCUGCUCAGAUGCUGAGAUAAUCCACGACACUUUUAUGCGAGUGUUUCUUCUACUUGUGGUGAUUCCUGUGAUGUUGUCUUGCUCAGUUAUUUACUAUAAGGUCGGUUGGUGGUAUGAACAGCACAAACAGGAGGCACUUUUCCCAGUGGAAGGAGAUGGACGCUCAAGUAGGAGAUUCAAGAGUGUGUUCUCCACAGCCAGGAGCAUGGUGAUGGUCAUCCUGUUCUGCUGGAUACCAGCCCUCCUGGUCAUUCUGCUGUCAACCUUGAUGGCAUGGACCCGUGUUGAACAGCACAGCCUCUUUCCUGCUUACCUGAUACAGGCUGCCAGCGUGUCCCUGCAAGGUUUCCUCAACAGUAUGGUGUAUGCAUGGAGGCGGCCCAACUUUACAGAGGCCGUCCGUGGGGAGAACACCCCCCUGGUGGCCUACAAGCACAUCGCUUUCUUUGACGAAUCACUAAAGAGUUCUCCUUGAGUCUCUACAAGUGACUUUGCACAAUGCUCAGGCAUGAAAAGAAUUCUAAUGAAAGAAGCAGCACAAAGGUUGCCCCAUGGACCGUAGCAUUGCAACCAAUGAGAUGUAUGAUGACGUUUAUUUCUAUUUUUAAUAUAAGGUGUUUUUCCAUGAAGGAAUAUUCUGGCCACUGUGAAGAAAAACACUUUCUUUUUUUUUUUUUUACAAUCAUUGAUAUUUUAAGGAAUUUAAAACGUCUUUACAAAAUAAAUAUUUUUGAGAAAAUAGGUAUAUAUUUAGCAAAAAAAAAAAAAAAACGUAACUUAUGAGGAUAAAGCUAUAUAUUUUUGAGAAAAAAAAUAUUUGUUAGAUUUUUUUGUUUUUAAAAAAAAAAGUCUGUAAUUGUAUAUUUUUUU